CUCACCAAAACCAAACCAAAAAAAAACACCACCUGAUACCUCUUUUUCCUUUUCAAACCUUCUGUGAUUUUACUGGAAUCUACCAGCUGCUAAUACCCCCUUGUGACUUUUUUUGUUGGUUCUUAAAAUAAAGAAAGGAAACAUACCUAAUAAUCUUAUUCAUAUUUACGUAACCUAUAGGACUGCCAUUUCUUUCCGUAGCGUUCUGUCUCGAAUCUCAAAAUCUCCAAUGUGUUGUCAGUGCUCACGGACUCGAGAAUCCGGCCAUGAUAGAGAACAAAGCCCUUCUUCAUUUAAAUGUUUGGAUAACUAAGACAGCUCUUCCCGUUACCCUCCUCUUGGGUACAUAACGAUGGGGGCCCUAACCCAAAUCGCUCUUGGCGUCCUGGCUAUUACUUUCAUGACUUUUGUCGCCUUCUUUGGCAGGCUCCCAGCUCUAAGACACACACCAGUAGCCUGGCUGCACCGUGCAAUAUGGGUUACUAUCCCCAGCGCAAUCCUCAGCCUCGACCAGCGGCUCACCUCAGGGCGUCUGACCACGGCGCUAGGCCGGUUUGGCAGCUACAUCAUGUACGGCCGGCACCCGACCGUGUUGAUUUUCUUCAUACUACUGCUCUCGGUAGGCGAGUACAUGUAUUUACCAGGCGUAUGGCCGAAGUUAAGCUUAGUGCAUAAGACCUUGGGCAGCAUAUCCAUCAUCCUACCAUACGCAUUUCUGUACCUAUCCGCGCACAGCGACCCGGGCGUCGUGACGCCGACCACGCACUCGCAGUACAUGGCGCACUACCCCUACGACUUCGCGCUCUUCCACCCAGGCCAGUCCUGCCGCACGUGCGGCCUGCUGAAGCCACCGCGCUCCAAGCACUGUUCUGUAUGCAAGCGGUGCGUGCACAAGAUGGACCACCACUGCGUCUUCAUCAACAACUGCGUCGGCUACGGCAACCAGCACUACUUCAUCCUCCUGCUUCUCUCCACCGCCGUGCUGACCCUCUACGGCGGCAUCCUCGGCCUCUGCAUCAUCGCCGACGCCGCGCGCGUCCGCAACCCGGCCUUCGCCCUCUGGCCUAAGCCACCGAGCUGGCCCUGGCACGAGUACUUCAUCCUACUAACCUUCGGGAUCCAGACCGACGUCGGCGUCGGCUCCGUCACCUUGCUCGCGCUCAUGACGUCUCCCUUAGUCUGGGGCCUGCUAACCUACCACAUCUACCUGAUCUGGAGUGGCACGACCACGAACGAGAGCAUGAAGUGGCAGGACUGGCAACUCGAAAUGGACGACGGCUGCGCCUUCCGGCGCCAACUUCCCCCCGACCGCCAACGAGACCUGCGAACCGAGGCGUCGUGGACGCGCUGGCCCGUCAACGCCGCGCAGAUCCUCAUCCGCACCGAGGACGGCACCCCGCCCUCUCUGAACGCGGGACCCGGCGUCGGCGAGUGGGAGCGCGUGUGGCAGCUGCGCGACAUCGAGAAUCUCUACGACCUAGGGUUCUGGGAUAACCUGGUCGACGUCUUCGUGCCGAACUACGCGUUUGGCCGCCCUACUGCUGCUGCUGAAGAAUCGGCCGCGAAUGCAGAUCUAGAAAGGGGUAAGAGGAGGAGGAGGAUAGGGGGGAGGAAAGCGCCUAGGGCACCGCGAGCGUCGAGUCUGGUUGCUGCUGCUACGUAGGAAGGAAAAUACCUAAGUUAUAGAAGAAAUUUCACAAUGAUUGGAAUAGUGGCUAAUUUCAAUAGUUUCUUUUUUUUCAU